UGCAUUGACCGUUUCCUUCCGCUUAAGCUGUAGCGUGAAUCCUACCCAGCAAAAGAGGUAGGGAUAUCUGAGGUGCGAAGUACUCCUGCCUUGAAAAUAACGGGACGGAAUGGAAACGGCUGUCAAUUUGCACAAGAAAGCAAAACUAAAUCACACCUUACCGAACUGGGGAAUGCAGCGUGCAACUAAUGUGACAUAUCAAGCACAUCAUGUGAGCAGAAACAAGCGUGGACAAGUUGUGGGCACAAGAAGUGGAUUUCGUGGUUGUACAGUAUGGUUAACAGAUUGCCUGCCUAAGGUAAAGUCAUCCCUGAUGACUGAGGACGUGGGAAUGAGGGGUCCUUUCAUCGGAUUAGCGCUUUUUCAGAUGUGGAAUGGCAAAAUGGGGGCGGCAGCUUGAUGAAUGAGGUCUCCAGGACUUAAAACAAAUCCAAAUCAUAUUAUGUGAUAUCACUUAAUGUGAAAUUCUACUCUGUACUUCUAAUACUGUAUUGAGGAUUUGUUCUGUGUAUUGUAUUGUAUUGUAUUGUAUUGUAUUGUAUUGUAUUGUAUUGUAUUGUAUUGACCCCCUUCUUUUUGACACCCACUGCACGCCCAACCUACAUGGAAAGGGGUCUCUCUUUGAACUGCCUUUCCCAAGGUUUCUUCCAUUUUUUCCCUCCAAGGGUUCCUUUUUUAGGGAGUUAUUUCUGGUCUUCUUAGAGGGUCAAGGCUGGGGGGCUGUCAAGAGGCAGGGCCUGUUAAAGCCCAUUGCGGCAAUUCUUGUGUGAUUUUUGGGCUAUACAAAAAUAAAUUGUAUUGUAUAUCCGGUAAACCGAACACGGGGGUGGGCGAGCGAAGCAAGCAGGGGCGGAGCCCCCUAGUUACUUGGCAAGGUUUCCACUUCAGCUUCACUUUCUAUUUUUAAAGUAUAUGGAUUACAUAUUGGGACAACAUAGCUAUUAUUAGCUAA